UAAAGCGCGAGUUCACGGUGCCUCACAAGGCUCUUUGUGCCGUAACAAUCGAUACUGUGAUUCACAAGAGAGCUGUCCAGUAAGUAGGUACCGGGGAAAAAGCGCUAGCGAGAUGUAUCAUGGGAUGCACCUCGUCAAGUACGGCGGUCGACGAAGAAUAUACCGAACGGAACACCCCGGAGCGAAGGAUUGCUAAAACUUUUAUCGGAUCACCGGAUGAAUCGUUCCAGGUGGAGAGUGUUGUACCGAAGUCAACGGAGACAGUGUCUCAAGCAUAUCAACGACUGGACGAGGAGAUAUGUGCACUCGAGAGUACUUGUCCUGGGCCACGCAUGUUGACUGCAGAAGCGUGGAUUGAACACCUAGAAACCGUGUUUGCAAAAGCGAGUGCCACCAAUGAAUUGUAUGAACCGGACAACAAAUUGAUAAUGGAUGCCCGUUUGAAUGAGGGACCGAACGGUUCCUCUAGGACGGAAACUGCUGAAGCAAAUUUGAAGCGUAGUAGAGAUGAUACGGCUAAGUUGGCGCUUAAAUUGGAAAUAGCAUUGGAUCCCGUAAAAGCAGCUCGCCAAGAGGAGUUCAUCGCUCGAAUAUCUCGCUCGGCUAUGGCAGUAGAAGCUGAAAGUUUCCACAUCGAUACAGUUGAGCACUCGCGAACCCGCAUUACAAAACUUCGCCAAAGUUUCACCCGUCUCCAGGCGCUUUACUUGGAAUUGGACCGUCUGAUAGCAAUGACAAAUAAUGGAACCUAUAUUUCAUCUCAAGAGCAGAAUCUCGAUGAGGAGCUUGAGUCUGCCCGUGAAAUUCGGGAUCGUUUGGGCGGCGUUUCCGAACAAUGGCGAACAGCUGGCUUGUUGAUGAGAGCUGCUCUGAAAGGACUUCUGCAAGCAGUUGAGUACUGGAAUUUGGUUGGUCCAUCGACUAUUGCCCAGGAAAAAAUAUCUCUAGCACUGGAUUGUCGAACAGUGUGUCAUGGUGCUUUGAUUGCUUUGGAAGUUGCCCAGGCAGCACUGCCUCAAGUGGAGCUUCCCUUUGUAACUCUUCGACAGCAGUCAGCUGUUAAACAUGGUUUGAUCUACAUGUUGACCGACAUGGUGAAUCCAGCACGGUAUCAACAUACAAAGAACGUUCUAGAAGGAUUUCAAGCCAAUGUGGAUAAAUCAGUUAAAUGGCUUCAUGAUACGUUUGCUAAUACUUUAGGCAAAGACUACGAUGAAGCAGAUCAAGAAGUGAUAUCUUUAGCAAAGAAGUUGAGAGAAAUAAGAAAGCAGUACAUUAAUCAGCGGAUAGGAUAUAGCUUAUAUGUCAGACCCGCGAUGGGGAAAGCAGACAAGCGGUAG